GAUGAAGAAGAGUUGCAGUACUUCAUCAUCCAAACUUGAUCGAAAGAUUAUUGAAAGAAACAGAAGAAUGCAAAUGAAAGGCCUUUCCUUCAAUCUUGCUUCUCUCAUCCCUAGCAACUAUAACUCCACUAAGGAAAUAUCAUCACAGCAAGAUCGAUUGGACCACGCAGCAAGUUAUAUAAAGGAACUUAGACAAAGAGUAGAAAAUCUCAAAGAAAGGAAGAAGGAAGCUAUGGAAAUCUGUGGGAUCAAUAAUGAAAUGAGGAGAGACACAAUGACAAUUGGGUCAAAUUUGGUGCCAGUACUUGAACUGAGGGAUUUGGGUAAUAAUAGCUUAGAGAUCACUUUAAUCACUGGAUUGAAUAAGAACUUUAUGUUUUCUGAAGUUAUUAGUAUUCUUACUAUCCACUCUCAGGCUACUAGCUCAAGAGUAGGAGUGGACACUACAAGCUUAUCUCAGAGACUGAAGGAGUUUGUUCUUUUUCUUUUUUUUUGA